CGCGCGCACACACACACACACGCAAACACACCGCUGCUCUGGGUCCGCUUCUCUUCGCAGGGGCUGCUGCAGUCGUCUGGAAGCCUCCCCCCCUCCCUCUGCCAAGUUUCCUUCUUCUUGAGCUCCCCCCCACUCUCCGGAGCCUCGCUAGGGAGGACUCCCUCCUCAACCUCGCCAAGUCCUUAUUAAUAUUAUUAUUAUUAUUAUUCUUUAUGUUUUGGCUGCUCCUUUGAGCGCCUCCUGGUGCUCCCAAGGAAGAGGAAAGGAAGCAGCUAUGAAGAGGAAACUGAUGUUCUACAUGAUGCAGUUGGUUCUUCUCGUUUUCUUGGCGUGCUUCGCUGCAAGAUCAGCAUCGGUUGACCCCAAUGAAGAUGAAGCAAAAAAUAACAUCACCAUCUUUACAAGAAUUCUAGAUAGGCUUCUGGAUGGUUAUGAUAAUCGUCUGAGACCUGGAUUAGGAGACAGUACAACUGAAGUCUUCACAAACAUAUAUGUGACCAGCUUUGGACCAGUUUCAGAUACAGACAUGGAAUACACAAUAGAUGUUUUCUUCCGCCAAAGAUGGAAAGAUGAGAGAUUAAAGUUUAAGGGUCCAAUGAACAUUCUUCGACUGAACAAUUUAAUGGCCAGCAAAAUCUGGACCCCAGACACGUUCUUUCAUAAUGGAAAGAAGUCAGUAGCUCACAACAUGACAAUGCCAAAUAAGCUACUACGAAUUCAAGACGACGGGACUCUCUUAUAUACCAUGAGGCUUACUGUCCAGGCUGAAUGUCCAAUGCACUUAGAAGACUUCCCUAUGGAUGCUCAUUCAUGCCCAUUGAAAUUUGGCAGCUAUGCAUAUACAUCUUCAGAAGUGACCUACAAGUGGACCUUCAAUGCAUCUAAUUCAGUAGAAGUGGCCCCGGAUGGUUCGAGGUUGAAUCAGUAUGAUCUCAUAGGGCAAACGAUUGGAGAAGAAACAGCUAAAUCAAGUACAGGUGAAUACAAAGUAAUGACAGCUCAUUUUCAUUUGAAGAGGAAGAUCGGUUAUUUUGUGAUUCAGACCUACCUCCCCUGCAUCAUGACAGUCAUCCUGUCCCAGGUGUCAUUCUGGCUGAACAGAGAAUCUGUCCCGGCAAGGACGGUCUUUGGAGUCACAACUGUGCUAACAAUGACAACUUUAAGCAUCAGUGCUCGAAAUUCCCUGCCCAAAGUAGCCUAUGCCACAGCUAUGGACUGGUUUAUUGCUGUUUGUUAUGCAUUUGUAUUCUCUGCCUUGAUAGAAUUUGCCACUGUAAAUUACUUUACAAAAAGAGGAUGGGCGUGGGAUGGGAAAAGCGUAGUCAACGAUAAGAAAAAAGAAAAGGCAUCGGUUAUUAAGAAAAACAAUGCCUAUGCAGUGGCAGUUGCCAAUUAUGCACCAAAUAUCACGAAGGACUCUGUUCUCCCAACAAUCUCCAAGAGCGCCACCACAACAGAACCCAACAAAGCCAAGCCAGAGGCCAAGCCACAGGAAGCAAAGAAAACCUUCAACAGUGUUAGUAAAAUCGACAGGAUGUCGAGAAUAGUUUUCCCAGUCUUAUUUGGUACUUUCAACCUAGUAUACUGGGCAACAUAUCUAAACAGGGAACCCGUCUUACAUGGGUUUUAGGAGCAAACCUUAACUUUAUGCUGAGGGCGUAAUAACAUCAUCAUAAUCAGAUUGUUUUCCUAUGUACAGUACGACUAAUAACUGCUAACCCGUGAACCGAUAUGUACAGAAUGUAUAUAGGUAUCAUGUCCAUUUAUCUCCAAAGGAGGUGCACAGAGUUUAUUCAUGGGAUCUGUAAACAGAUGGCGCCCAUGGCAAAUAUAGCCCGCUCUCCUACCCGUGUGAGUUCUCCUAAACUGGUAUUCAAAUAAUGCUGAAUUAUAUCCAUACAACCACAUAUGGUCCGACAUAACUAUUUAGUAACACUAUUUUUUUAAUUUAAAGUUUAAGAUAUUUUUCUAUAAAAUGACUGAUUCUACUUUAAUGCAAAGAAACUAUCAUUUAAAAGAGAAGGGUUUUUUUUAUAAGAAGUAACCUUAAUUUCUUACGGUAGCAGUGCCCAUGUAAA